CGCUACCAACUGAACGAAACGUCAAAACAAAAUCCACUACGGCCAACUUUAUUGUUUAUUUUCGAGUGGAAUGCGUUAGUUAACUUCUGUAAAAUGCCUGGAACUAUUCUGGAGAAUUUGAGUGGCAAAAAGCUCAGCGUUCUAGUGGGAAUAUUGCUGACGUUCCAGUUGGCGUGUUUUUUGGUCGGUUUGAUCGCUCCGAGCCCGGCCAAUUUUCAAAAUGUUGGGGCCACUUUCUGCGUGGACCGGAAUCCGGACAACAAAGACGAAAAUCGGUGGUUUACGAGGCAGUGCAAGGAGAGUUUACAUGACUUGGGGAACACCACGGGGCUUUCAGCGAAGAAUAUUGUGUUCGUCUUCGAAAUGCCGCUGUUUCGCGUCGAUUUCUCGCGCUGGCAACAAAAACUCGUCGGCAUGGUGCACUUCGAGCAAAUCUAUCAGGAGGGCCGCAAACUGACCCCGACCGUACAACUGUCGAUAGACGCUAGGUUGGCGUACGCCGACAAAACGCUAGACGGCGCUCGAACGCCGUGGACGCGGUACGCGCACGCGCAGGAAAACCGUCACAUGGACUGCGAUCUGGACGCGAUCAGGGACCACAAGGACGGCUACCCGUACGACUGCUCGAUGGUGCCGCUGUUCGAGCUCGGGAACUUGUACCACGACUAUUACUUGCUGAACGUGAGGCUGCCGCAGAGCCAGAACAGCGAACUGGGGAGGGUUCACGACGUGCAGUUAAACGUGAUCUUUAUGAACGGCGGUUUCACCAAGGUUUGCGUCAGCAUGAAGACGGUGUUCUUCCCGUUGGUGUUGGGGGUGCUCUUGUGGUUCUGGAGGCGCGUUUUUAUACUAUCCCGCACACCAGCUUUGUUGGAGUACAUGCUUCUAUCACUUGGUGUCACUUUGGCGGUGUUGAACUUCCCCUUGGAGUACUUCUCGUUGUAUUUCGACAUGCCUUACAUGCUUAUAUUGAGCGAUGUUCGUCAAGGUGUAUUCUAUGCGAUGCUUUUGUCCUUCUGGUUGGUUUUCGCUGGGGAACACAUGUUGAUACAGGAUAACGGCGAAAAAAAUUGCCUCAAAAUGUACUGGAAACAUCUGUCGACAAUCGCCGUUGGUUGCAUGUCGCUUCUUAUUUUUGAUCUGUGCGAACGCGGGGUUCAAUUGGUCAACCCUUUCUACUCCAUUUGGGUCACCCCAACAGGCACUCAUCUGGCACUGUCGUUUGUAAUAUUGGCGGGUUUAUCAGCGUGCAUGUAUUUUCUGUUUUUGUGCUACAUGGUUUGGUGCGUCUUCAAGAACAUCUCCAUCAAGAGAUCGGUGUUGCCGAGCAUGUCGCAGGCGCGCAGAUUGCACUACGAGGGCAUAAUCUACCGCUUCAAUUUUCUGAUGGCGGUGACGCUGAUUUGCGCCGCCGUCACGGUGGUGUCGUUCAUUUUGUCGCAGGUGGCCGAGGGGCAGAACAAGUGGGACGAGGAGUUGGACUUCGAGGUGUCUUCGGUGCUUUACACGGGGGUUUACGGGAUGUGGAACGUGUACAUCUGCGGCAUGCUGAUGCUGUACGCGCCGAGCCACAAGCAGUGGCCUUCGGACCCGACGGGUCAAGACGGCGAGGAGCUGGAGUUCAGCAGGUUGCCUACCGAGUCGGUGCCCAGCGAAAUUUCGUCUCUGACCUCUUUCGCCACCAAGGCUAGUAUCGAGUAAUUCGUCGUGUUUUAGAUUGUAGAUUUAGAGCUUCCAAUAUUUAUGUAUUUAUCGAUUCUUCUAUAAAUUUCGGGAUUGUUAGAAAUAUCGGGAUGAUCCAUGACAUAAUUUUGAUGAUUUUUUAAGUUAUGGUAAUUUUUAAAAUUCUAGAAGUUUUUGGAGGUUAAAAAUCAUUAAAAUUUGGAAAAUCUUAAAAAUUCUAAAAAUUAACCGAAUCCCGAGUUUUGGGAUUAGAAACCUUACCUCAGAGUAUAUUAAACAUGGAUCAAAUUUUAAAAGAAUUUGGAAAUUUUUUUUCAAAUUUUCCAAAAUUAUCAAAAAAUUAGAUUUUUGAGAUUGUCCCAAAUAGAAAAAGAGUAUAAAACUGGG